CAGGGGGAGGUGUCAGACGCGCGCCCAGCACCCCUGCCAGGCGCCCGCAGCUCCAGCUCGGACCCCCGGAAGCCGAGGUGAAGAAAGCUUGCUCCUGGCUUCGGGCGGCGGGAUUCCCCCAGUAUGUCCAGCUUUACGAAGACUCCCUGUUCCCGCUGGACAUCGCCUCUGUGAAGAGGGAACACCCGUUCCUGGAUCAGGACUCCCUCCGCGCGCUCUGCAGGAGGCUCAUGACCCUGAACGCUUGUGCCUCCAUGAAGCUGGAGGUGAGAUUUCAGCGCAAGAAUGAGGCCUCGCAGGAAGACCUGUGCGCCAUCAGUGACCACUGGGCCUCGGAGCGGCCCGGCCGGCCCUGGCCCCGCCUCGGCCCCUCGGACCCGCCCGGCCCCUCGGCCCCGCCGAGCCCCGGCCUGCGGGCGGGCUCCAGCCGCGAGAGCGUCCUCACCGACCUGAGUACCGCCUCCCUGCCCAGCCAGGCCAGCGGCGGCCCCCCGGAGGGACCCCCGGCCCGCCCCUCCGGACACCGCCCCCUCCUCCUCGCCCCGCCGGCCCCGACGGGCGACCGGCCCGGGAAGCCCCGCCCGCUCAGCUUCCUCCGGCGGCUGGAGUCGCUGCGGCACCGGGAGAAGCCGGCCCGGGCGACCCCGGACCCCGGGGGAUCGCCCGGCCGGGCCUCCCCGUCCCCCGAGCGGCGCUCCUUCCGGGCGGGGCGCGGGGGCGCCCGCCGGGUGCACGUGCCCGGCGACCACAAGCCGGGCACCUUCCCGCGCUCCCUGUCCAUCGAGAGCCUGUGCCCCGAGGACGGGCGGCCCCUGGAGGACCGGCACCUUCCAGAGGCCCGGCCGCAGCCCGGCGGCGGGCGCAGGUACCCGGGCCGCCGCCGGCGGGACUCCGGGGGUUCCGUGGGCAGCUGCGCCAGCCUGUACGACAACGUGGCCAGCGGGCGUCAGGAGGAGGAGGAGGAGGGCACCGGGGACGCCCCUCUGGAUGCCAUCCUGCAGCACGUGCGAGGGUUGCAGCAGCGGGUGGAGCUCUGGGCCCGGGCCGUGUGCCCGGAGCUGGACGACGACGACGAGGAGGAGGAGGAGGAGGAAGAGGAGGACGGCGGAGAGAGCGGCGACGAGGGCACCGACUCCGGCGGGGAGGCGGCCUUCCCUUCCGGCCUGCGCCUGGAGGACGAGCGGUCCGGCUCGGACGUGGGCACUUCGGCCAGCGACUCCCUGACCGAGGCCGAGGACGGCGAGCGGCGGGACUCGGGCGUCGGGGCCUCGCUGACCCGGCCCUGCAGGAAGCUCCGCUGGCCCAGCUUCCAGAACUCGCACCGGCCCAGCCUGGGGUCGGCCUCCCUGGAGCUCAGCUGCCAGUCGUGCGGCCAGAUCAACCUCCUGCAGAAAUGCUCCCUGCUCCGCCUCACCGCCCUCCUGGACAAGUUCUCCGCCGCCCCCGGCCGCGGCUGGGCCUGGUCCGUCCCCAAGUUCAUGAAGAGGAGCAAGACCCCGGAUUACCGGGGCCGCAGCGUCUUCGGGGUCCCCCCCAUCGUCCACGUGCAGCGGACGGGCCAGCCGCUGCCCCAGAGCAUCCAGCAGGCCAUGCGCUAUCUGAGGGGGCAGUGCCGGGAUCAGGUGGGCGUGUUCCGCAGGUCGGGGGUGAAGUCCCGCAUCGAGGCCCUGCGGCAGCUGAACGAGGCGUCCCCGGACCACGUGAGCUACGCGGGCCAGUCGCCCUACGACGUGGCCGACCUGCUGAAGCAGUAUUUCCGGGACCUGCCCGAGCCCCUCUUCACCAGCAAGCUGGGCGACAGCUUCCUGCGCAUCUACCAGGACGUCCCCAGGGAGCACCGGCUGGCGGCGGUGCAGGCGGCGGUCACCCUGCUGCCGGACGAGAACCGGGAAGUCCUGCAGACGCUGCUCUACUUCCUGAGCGACAUUGCCCGGGCCCAGGGCAACCAGAUGACCGCCGGGAACCUGGCCGUCUGCCUCGCCCCCUCCGUCUUCCACCUCAACGUCUCCAAGAAGGAGAGCACCUCGCCCAGGGCCAUCCCCAAACGCGGGACCACGGGCAAGCCGGCCCAGAGGGACCUGAACGACAACAUGGCGGCCACCCAGGGCCUCUCCCACAUGAUCAGCGACUGCAAGAAGCUCUUCCAGGUCCCCCAGGACAUGAUGCUGCAGCUGUGCCACUCCUACGCCGCCGGCCCGGGGCCGGCGCCGAGGGGAGAGUCCGGCGGCGCCCCCGUGGCCGGCCUCCCCGGCCUCCUCCUGGCCGGGGACGGGGUGACCCGGGAGGACCUCCUGGAGGCCAGCGUCCAGGGCCUGCUCUGUGAGGCCGCCGAGCGCUUCAAGGGCUGGAUCAAUGUCCCUGGACCCCGUAACACCCAGCUGGCCUCCAAGAAGGUGCGGGACGGGGCGGCCCCGCGCCGCGUGUGGAAGGCGUCGUCGUCCGUGCGUGCGGGUCCGGGCGCGGUGCUGCAGCGCGUGCUGCGCGAGCGGCAGCUGUGGGACGAGGAUCUGCUGCGGGAGCGGGUCCUGGGCGUCCUGGGCCCCGACACCGACCUCUACCACUACGUCACCGGCAGCAUGGCCCCCCACCCCCACCGAGACUUCCUCGUCCUGCGGCGCUGGCGUUCGGACCUACCCCGGGGAGGCUGCCUGCUGGUGUCGACGUCCCUGGAGCCCGGACCCCCGGGGCCCCCGCUGCCCGCCCUGGAGGGGGGCGUGCGGGCUCUGCUCUUCACCUCCCAGUACCUCAUGGAGCCCUGCGGGCCUGCCCUCACCAGGCUCACCCACAUCUGCCGAGCAGAUUUGAGGGGUCGCUCUCCAGACUGGUACAACAAGGCCUUUGGGCAUCUCUGCGCCACCGAGUUGGCGAGGAUCCGUGACUCGUUCCCAGCCGCCCAGCCCGGCCGCCCCAACGCCAAACCCUGAGCCGGGGCGGAGGACCCGAGUCGGCGGGCGGGGACCACCCCUGGCCCGUGCCAGAGAGACGGCGGGCACGGCUCCCCCGACCCGCCGGGCAGCAGACGUACCGGUGGCGUGGGGUCCGGGCCCCCUCGUUCGCCCUCGGGCCGCCGCCGGACCCCAACCCCGUCAGACCCGACCCGGCAACGUCCAGCCGCGGCUGGCUCUCUCCCUGUGCCCGGCGUGCCAGCCGGGCCCCUUCCCCACCCUGCUACCGGGGCGUGGGACGGUUGCAUUUCCCCCGGAGACCCCUGCGGCCCUGGGAAAGGGGCAGGGGCGGGGAGAUGUAGGCCAGCCAGAGCCCGGGGCUGGGCCCCAUCCUGCCCCUCUCACCGUGGGCACGAGGGUGGGUACAGAGUGGUCCGUGGGGAUCCCCUGGGGGGCUCUAGCUCUGAGAGGAGGACUGCAGCUCUCAGGAGUUGAGGGGGGUGUCUUUCCCUGCGUCUCAGCCCCCGGGGGGCCAUCCGUGGCCCUCUCCUCGCCCCUCCCAGACACAGACUCAACUUCCAGUUUGAGUCCACGCUCCGCCCGUCCCCCCCCCAGCUAAGGAGGAAGACCAGGGCGAGGGGAGGGGGCCGUCCCGCCGGCCCUUCGGACCCACCCCCCGGCCCUGACGCAGCCUUAGCCGCUGUCCGGUAGCCCCGCUCAGACGCGGCCACGGGCCAAGCAGUGACCCGGGACGAGCCCCCUCUCCCAUCUCUCCGCCGCCCAUCCCGACCCGGCUGGGCCCACGGCUGGUCGCCGGGCUGGACCGGGCUCGGGGGACGGUAGCCCCACUCUCUCCCCGGCCAAACCGGCUCGUUCUGUAACUAUAAAUACUGUACAGAGGAAGGUUAAUAUAUUGGUCGGAGCCGGCCGCGGAGCUGCGGGGCCUGGGCCGGCCAGGACUGACCACGGGGCGGCCCCGGCGGCCCUGGCCCUUGGAUACAAUAAAGUACUAAUGGACAGUGA